AAGUAAAGUAGUGCGUAAGUAAAAGAGUAGUGCUGUAGAAAAAUUUCGGUCAAAAUAUCCUACUGAAGUGUUCAGAAUAUAUGAAACAAUCUAAUUCAAGGUGUCUCCGAUAAAUCUGACAAUGUUUUAGCAUUGCUGACACCAACGCAUUAAAGUGUUCUUAACAGAGUGAUUUGGCCAUUUUCUUGUGUGCCGAGUUUGUGUAUUGGAUAAACCCAAAGGAUUAGCAGCAUGGCGGCGCGCUGUCAACUCUUUUGGCUGGCGGCCGUGGCGUUAAUUAGCGUGUCACUGGCGCGUUAUGAGGAUUGUGAGAAUGCGCCCGUGGUGGAGCAUUCCUCCAUACAGAUUAUCGAUGAAGAGGAUACAGUGCGAGUCAUUUACACAUGCGAAGAGGGCUACGAGUUGCGGGGCACCACAGAGUUGGUAUGCGAUUUGGAUACAGAUCUCUGGGAUGCCGAUCCGCCGAUAUGCGCAAAAGCUGAGACUUCGAAGGAGUUGGACAGCGCUGCAAAUACCGAGCGCGCUAGAAAAAAGAAACCUCAGGAUAUAGUGGAAGAUCGACACGUGCCCGCAGAGAUAGCUGCCUCACUGGAUAUGUCUUGCGUGCAGGCUAAAGUUAAGGCACCCGAAAUACGGCAUGGCUUUGUACAGAAGUACGAUCGGCGGCGCAAGGACGACCAUGUUUUUUUGGUGGCCUUCUAUGCUUGCAAUGACAACUUCGAACUGGAGGAUGCUGAAAUAGCCACAUUGUACUGCAGUCAACGCAGAUGGGUUGGAGAACUACCAACCUGCAUGGCACUGGGCGAGUAUACCGACGUGGACGAGGAAGAAUACGACGAAUAUGAAACCGUUGAGGGCGAGGGAGAAGAAGAUGACGGAGAGGGGGAGCAAGAGGUAGUCGAGGAAUCCGUUAAUAAUCGCGUAGCACCGCCGCCACCACCCCCACCAGUACAAGUCGUCCCGGCCGAGCACGAAAUCAGCAAUGAAAUUGAACCAUCCGUGGCGCAAGAAAACAUCGAGUCUUCGUAUAACGUUGAACCGGAGAGUGUAACGCCCGCUUCAGAGCCCAUGCCUAUUACCGAUGUCAAUAUUGUCAUCGCACCCACGCAAGAUCCAUAUACGCCACGCCUGCUUGACGAGGACUGUGGUCCGGACAAAGGCGGUUGCGAGCAGAAAUGCGAGCGCUUGCUUUUCCCAGGCGAAAAUGAGCCACGCCUCAAAUGCUCUUGCUUUGAAGGCUUCAGCUUAGAUCCCAACGAUUACGCAAGCUGUCAUGACAUCAACGAAUGCCAGCUGAACAAUGGCGGCUGCGAGCAGAUCUGCAACAACUUGCCUGGCUCUUACCAGUGUGCCUGUGAGCAGGGUUUGCAAAUCGAUACGCUGACGGGAAACACUUGCAUUGACAUCGACGAGUGCGCCCAACCUGAAGUGGUCGCCCAGUGCGCUGGUGGCUGCGAGAAUACGCCAGGUUCUUACCACUGCAUACCAGCAUUGAACACACCCGAUGAUGAUGAUGAUGCAGCCGAAGCAGUCAAAGAAGAUGCUUCAGUAGGCACACCAGUUGAAGAUGUAGAACCAAUAGUGGAGACGGAGACCGAGGAGGAAGAUGAUCAAUCCAUACGGCGCAUUGCUGAAAGUGGGCCCAUCUGCCCAAAUGGCUAUCGCUCUGGCGGCGACAACUCGGACAAAUGCGUUGAUAUCGACGAAUGCGCCGAGGGCACCAGUGGCUGUGAACAAUGCAUUAACACCGAUGGCUCCUUCGAGUGCACUUGCCCUGGCGGCUACGAUCUUGCCGACGAUGAGCGCACAUGUGUCGACAUAAACGAGUGCGAGGUCGUUGUCGAGAAUGAGGAUGACGCCGAUGCUGUGCCUUAUAAGAUUUGCUCGGAUGGUUGUGAGAAUACAAUUGGCUCGUUUAUUUGCACGUGCGCGCCCAAUCAACAUCUACUCGAAGAUCAACGCACAUGCGCUGUUGACACUUGUCAGGAUUUGAAUAAACCACAGCUGAAUAAGACGCGUUGCGCUUAUCAGUGCGUCGAUUUGCCGAGUGGCGUAUACGAAUGCGUUUGUCCUGAGGGCUACAGGUUGAGUGAUGAUUUGCACAAUUGUGAGGUGGCUGAAAACAUUUGCGCCAAGGAAGGCGGUUAUGAAAAUUGUGCUCCUGGUACUUGUGUUUCAAGUGAGGAUAAUAAUUCUUAUGUCUGUGAAUGUCCGCCCGGUUAUGAGAAUGAAGGAAACCACUGCAAGGAUGUCGAUGAAUGUGUUGUUGGCCUACACGCGUGUUCACACGAAUGCUUCAACAAUUUGGGUUCAUAUCAGUGCAGCUGUCCAAAUGGUUUUCGUUUUGUUGAGAGCAGCGAGCAUGUCUGUGAAGAUAUCGAUGAAUGUGCAAUAAAUCCGAAUUUAUGUGGCACACUAAACUGUGUCAACAAUCCAGGUAGCUUUACUUGUCUAUGCGCAGAUGGCUCAGUGCCAGACGCUGAAAGUGGCGCUUGUCAUGUGGCGGAUCCUUGCGAGGCACAUGAGUGCUCGCAUCAAUGUAUUACUGAAGGUGUUGGCUUCAAAUGCAUUUGCCCGGAGGGUAUGUCUCUGGAUGACGACGGUCUGCAUUGCUCCUAUAAGGAUAUUUGUGCUGAAAACAACAAUGGUUGUGAACAUAUUUGCAAAUCGGAAGAGGAUGGCGCGUGUGCGUGUCGCAGCGGCUACGAAUUGUCUGCUAAUGGAAAGUCGUGCGUAGACGUCAACGAGUGUGAGAUCGGCAAUGGUGGCUGUCAUCAGGUUUGCCAAAACUAUGCAGGUUCCUACGAGUGUGGCUGCGAAGGAGGAUUCGAGUUGGGCGAGGAUCGACGCACCUGUAUUGACAUAGACGAGUGCGCGCUGCGAAGACAUGACUGUUCGCACGAUUGCGUAAAUGUGGAUGGUGGGUAUGAGUGCAUAUGCCCCGGAGGGUAUUUGUUAGGUGAGAACAAGGCGACCUGCUUGGACGUGGAUGAAUGCAUAGGCGGUGAACAUGGCUGUAGCCAUGGCUGUGCCAAUAAUUUAGGCAGCUAUGAGUGUAACUGCCCUGAGGGCUACACGCUUGCAGCAGACAACAGAAACUGCAUUGCAGUAACGAGUGAAGUCGAGAUAGAAAGAAAUGAGCUCGAAGUGGAAACAGCUUUGGUUGAUGUGUGCCUACGAGAAAAUGGCGGCUGCUCACAUAUUUGCAAUCCGGAAACCGGUUGUUCUUGCCCAGAUGGGUACGAGCUGUCGGUGGACGGGAAAACCUGUGCGGAUAUUAACGAAUGUGCCUACAAUAAUGGCGGCUGUUCACGUACAUGUCUUAACACGGCAGGAGGUUUCGAGUGCGUUUGCGCCGAUGGCGUAACACCUGACAAUGGCCAUAGUUGUGCGACAUCUUGCCCACCAGGAUUUAUGGUGAGCUUGGAAGAUUCCUCCAAAUGUGUGGAUAUCGACGAAUGUGCCACGCAAUCCCCCUGUGAGUAUAACUGCAUAAAUACCAACGGUUCGUAUGAGUGCAUUUGUCCUAAAGGCUACAAGUUGAGCAACGGACGCAACUGUGAAGAUAUAAAUGAGUGUUUGAACGACAAUGGUGGCUGUGUAGGCGGUGAGUGUGUCAACCACGUGGGAAGCUAUCAGUGCAAGUGUCCGUUGGGACACCGAUUGGCCAACGAUCGACGCACAUGCGAACAUAUGCCCGAGCUGCGCGAUCAAUGCCCACCAUUCGCGGCACCCGCUAACGGCGACUUCCACUGCACGAAAUAUCGUCACAAGAAGAAGCAUUUCUAUAACACACGUUGCAAAGUGUGGUGCAAUGAGGGUUAUCGCUUGGAGGGGCCGACGCAACGAUUUUGUAAUGCCUCCGGCACAUGGGAUGACUUCGAAAGUCGUUGCUUGCCUACCGUAUGUCCGCGUUUGCAGCCGCCACUCAAUGGUGUGAUUAUGCCCACUGUCUGCACUACCGGUAAAGUGUUUAUGGGCGAACGCUGUCGGCUGCAAUGUAUGCCUGGCUUUGUGCCCCUCGGCAAGAGCGUAGGCGUCUGCACGGCAGAUCUCAACUGGUCUCACAAUGCAAGCUUCGAAUGCGUGCCGGCGGCUAGAACACAAUUGUUGCCAGCCAUACCAAUACCGGGACCACAGUCUUCACUGCCGGGCGGUAGUGUCAGUAGAUUCCCCAAUAGGCCUAGAAUAACACAAGUGAGACCACAAAUUGGUUUUGGUGGCGCUAUUGCCGGACGACGUCCCUUUAUUAAGUGUCCGCGCAACACUACCGUGUUUUUAGCAAAAGGAGCCAGCACUGCGCAUAUUAUUUUACAAAAACCUAUUACAAAUAUGGACUAUCGUUAUAUUGAGUCACAUCCCACUUGGACGCGCAAUAUGGAAGCUCAUUUGGGCGCUGGUCGCCAUGUGGUGACAUUCCGUGGUCAGGAUCCGGUUUCGGGCAGACGCGCUCGAUGCCAGACAAUCAUUUAUGUGGAAAAUGCCAACCCACCGAAUGUAAAUUUCUGUACGCGCUCGUUUGAGGUAACUUUAAGUCCAAAUCAGGUCUACCGUUCGGUAGUAUGGGAGGAACCGCGCUUCGAAAGCACACUGGGCCCCAUUAAAAAACUUUAUAAAUCGAGGAUACCCGGCGAGCUCUUUAAUGCCGGCGUGCAUACGGUUUACUAUGAAGCGACCAAUGAGCAGGGCAUUACGGCACGCUGCGAAUUCCAAGUUAUCGUUAAAGAAGCCAAACACUCGUCCGUAAAGUCUUCGCACACACUUGACUUGAGCCACCAAGCACCCCCUAAGCCUAGUCUGCAACCAGCUCCUUUAAUGCGUCUGCCGACUUCAAGGGAAAUGAGAGCUAAGCUACUGGCGGGCCAUGAGUCCUUUGUGAUUUGUCCGGGUCAAGCACCAGUUAAAGUUACGAACUCGAAAUCUGUAACUUUACCAGUUGGAUGCAUUUUAAAAAAUGUGCGAGAUAAGUCGAUGCGUCAUCACGCUCAGCGUCGUUUGAUCACCACAAACUGGUCGCAAUUCACUGCCUUUUAAACGAAAAUAUUACCAAAGUUGGGACUUUUUAUAAUAUAUUCUUAGUAAAGCCAGAAAUGUGUAUUUGAAACAUUUGUAUAUCUUAAUCUAAUAUUUGUACUUGUAAUCUUAUACUUUU